AUGGUCAAGAACAAGUCUAAGACGAUUCACAACGGUAGUAACAGCUUUAGUGCGUCUUUUGAUGGUGCCGACGAUGGUGUCAAUCAAGUGGCCGUGACCUUAGGUGAACAGCAUUUGUGUGCGUCUCCUCGGAGCGUUCAUGCACCAACGCCGACAACUGCCGGUGUCAAUGGUAUGGACACUAAACAGUCGCACUGUCUUGUUAUUUACACAGGUGGCACUUUUGGUAUGGUACCAGAUGAAAAUGGCGUAUUGCAUCCUAGCAGCGGCUUUUUAGAAAAAAAGAUUAAUGAGAUGGAUGAAUUCAAGUUUGAAAACAUGCCUCGCGUGACCGUGAGCGAAUGGAUGGAUCCGAUUGACUCGUCCGACAUGUGUCCUAAUGACUGGGGUAAAAUUGCUUAUGAGAUUGAGGCAAAAUACUGGGACUAUGACGGCUUCGUGGUGCUUCAGGGUACGGAUACAAUGGCUUAUACAGCUUCAGCAUUGUCCUUCAUGCUUGAAUACCUUGGCAAACCCGUGGUUAUUUCAGGUGCAAUGAUCCCGCUACACUUCCCCCACAGUGAUGCACGUCGUAAUCUCAUCAUGUCGGUCAUGUGUGCGACGUCGCUUGCUAUCCCUGAGGUCUGUAUUUACUCGAAUAACAAGCUGCUGCGUGGCAACCGCACUACGAAAGUGGCCAACAUGUCGGUUGAUGCCUUUCACUCGCCUAAUUUCCCAUCACUUGCAGUGACUGGUGUAGAGGCUAUUGUGGACCAACCAUUGAUACUUCCGUAUCCUCGCUCGCGAUUUCGUGUGUUCGCGGACUUGUCAACCAACAUUUGCGUCUUCCAUCUUGUGCCUGGCUUUGACGAUGAGUGUAUUGAGGCCUUCAUUGAACGCCACAAUGCUACCAAGAGCAAGGGAGAAUGCAAACGGAAGGCGCUUGUCUUUGCUCUGUACGGCACAGGCAACGCUCCGCUGUGCAAGCACGGUUUCCUACGUCUUGUACAGCUCGCGAUUGAGUCGGGCAUUCCUGUGACUAUCACGUCGCAGUGUGUGCAGGGCCGCACUCAGCUUGACACAUACGCGACGGGAGUAAACCUGCUAAAUAUGGGCGUUAUCACGUCGCUGGACAUGACGAUUGAGGCUUGUGUAGCCAAGUUGGGCUACCUCAUGGGCAAGGGUUUUGAAGGCAAAGAGCUCAAGGUCAAGAUGGAGACUGAUCUGCGCGGCGAGCUGUCCAUCGUGGAUGCUGUGGCAAAUGGCGAGGAAAUGAGUCGCACGCGCCAAUAUCGCAAGACAGUUGUUCGCAACUUUGCCUCGCACUAA